AACCGAAGCCAAAUGCAUUUGGCUGGUCCACGCGCAUGAUGAACUCAAUAUUCUUUUGUUCGGCGUAAUUCAAACGUCUAUACUCAGGCGCCAAACCGUACCGGAAAACUCUGUCGGAUUACAUUGCUGUCACGAAGCCGUAGGAAUGAGUGAUUUACCGAAAACAUUGAUGGAACUCAUCGGAAAUGUCACGAGCCAAACGUUUCUUGACGAUUUAUUGAAACUUUCAUUUAACAUUGCGACUCUGUCCGAUCAAUCUGUGCUGCAAAUGAUGAAAUUCGACGCUGUGCGGAUACUGGUCGAUACGUUAAAACCAAAUUUUCUCUACAUGCCAUUGGUAUCAUUCGAACGUUUUACUGUAUGCGAAUUCGUGAUUAUGCUAUUGAAUAGAAUGUUUUUUGUAUGGAGCUUGCAGUCAAGUUCAAGUAGUACUCAUAUUCAACCGUUACAAGUUACUCGCAAUACAUUGGAAAUCAUACUUUGCAAUAUAAAAAUCGAAACUGAGAGAAACGAUGAGAAUAGUAUGAAAUUAAGAAAUGAUUUUUGCUACAUACUUGGAGAGAUAGUAGAUAAUUGUUCUAUCAACGAAAAUGAAUAUUCCGCCGAAAUUGUUACAGACAUAGUCAUGUUAUGCGUUUGGCCAGAAAUCAUACACAUUUCACAUUGGUUAGAAGAUGUCGAAUUUUAUCCUAUCAAUGAAAAUCUUAUAUUCAAAAGUUUAAUGUUAGAUAUUAUAAGCAAAGUUUUUAUAAAUCUAUCUUCAAAAAUCAAGUUUCAACAACUGAACACGUUUUUGAUAAAAGAAUUUAUGACACUCUCAAAUUUUGAAUAUUCGAAAAGUAUAUAUAGUGAUAAUUUACAUACUAUUUUAAGUCAAUCACUGUUAAAUUUACCGUAUUUAUUGCUGAACUCCGUCGAUAGUUUGAUAAAAACUGAAUGCUGCACAGAAUUACUGGCUUUAAUUAAGUCAUUAAAGUAUCAACAAAAUUUCUCUUGCACGAUGGUCAAUGUUAUAAUUUGUAUAGGAAUCAUUUCAAAUGACGAUUACGACAUACUUCGGAAGUUUAAAGCUCUCAAAACAGACUUAUUGAUCAUUUCUGUUAUAAUGGAUACGUUGACAACUCAAAAUUGUAAUUUUCAAGACAUUAGCCUGUAUGGGUUAAAUACAUUAAAUGUAUUUUUUCGAGAAAAUCAGCAAAAUCCUGAAGCUCAACCGGUGGUUUUUAACAUGAUAUCGAUGAUGCUCAAACUAUACUUUGUCGAGGAUGCCGACAAAAACAUUAAUCAAAAUAUUUUGUUAGAUCUGUUGCAUUUCAUUAAAAACACUAUAAUUCGAUACAAUGACCAAGUUGAACUGUUUAUAAAAGCUAAAGGAAUAGAACACAUAUUGAACGCUAUGACUAUUUUAAAAUAUCCCAUACAGCUCGUGAUGCUGUCAACCCUCGUAGAUUUAGCCGUAUUCAAAUCAGCAAAAUGUCAUAUUAAGAAAUGGAAAUCCAUCAAGACGGGAAAGGGUUACUUGGAAUUGGUGUGCGAAAUUUGGAGACGUGAAACAGUCCGAUUUAAUUUUAUAGACGAUGAAUUCGUGUUCCAAGAGCAACGGGACGCAACCACCGCGAUAAACUUGAUCAGUCUCUGCAGUCCGACGGUAGAGUCCAUGUUUCUGUGCGCCCAGCCAAAGAUUUAUCUUCUCGUGCAGCUGGUCGAGUUCUCUGGGUUAGAAAAUGCUCGGCUGCAGGAUAGAUCCCGGGACGAACUUGAUAACGACAUCGAGGAAAGAACGAUUCGGGCUUGCGGUCUGGUGUCCGGUUUCCAGGACAAGGCCAUUGUAGCACACAUUUAUCACUAUUAUUCGCUGAAAGUCGGGGAGGUUUGGAAUGAAAACCAUAUUGUCGCGAUGACCGGUGACGUCGACGGCGUAGAGUUGUCAUCUGCCAUAUUGCAGUCUACCGAUGCUAUGGCGGUCCGGCAUGCAUACUUAAUUGCGUUGAUCACGAUGAUCAAAAGUCGUGUCACUGAACUACAUGUAGGCAAGUCG